GGUGACCGGCGAAUCAGUGAAUUCUUCGCUUGAAGGACUUUGACAACUGAACCUUUGUCAACUCGUAACCUGAAUCGUGCAAUCGGACCAGUGUCUUCACCACCUCCAUUCCGUGAACUGCGGAAAGAAUUGAUCCUGGGUUGCCAGCCAAGGAGAACACGUUCGCAUCCAAGGAGGGUCAAUCCAGGUUUCUGAUCUUUGCCCCAGAAGCUUGGGGAGAAACAUUAUGUCAAGUUCAGGAAUCAAGGACUCAAGUACACCAAUGGAUGAAUCCCAAUCAGCCAUCUCUUCGGCUCUCUCGGAUCAUAAGCCGCAGUUCCAGCGGUUGCCGAAGAAUAUCGUUCCCGAAAGUUAUAACAUCACUCUGAAAACUGAUCUCGAAGAAUUUAUUUUCCAAGGAUCCAUCAAAGUCACCGUAAAGGUGUUGGAGGCGUCGCGGACGCUGAAACUAGACUCAGAUCAGCUGAAUGUUUCGAACGCAGAGCUAGCGAUAGUAUCAUCUGGCAAAGUCCUCAAACCCGAGAUCAAGAUCCUCCCCGACGAGGAACGGUUACUCUUCGUUUUCGACGAGGAAAUCCCUAUCGGUGAUGCCGUUUUCAGCUGUGAGUUUCGAGGGAUUCUCGGCGACAAGCUACGUGGGUUGUAUCGGAGCAAGAGCAAGAAUGCCAAAGGAGAAGACGCCUAUUUUGCCGUGACUCAAUUCGAGCCCAUGGAUGCUCAUCGUGCCUUCCCGUGCUGGGACGAACCCGCAAUCAAAGCAACGUUCAACUUGACUCUGAUUGUCCGAAAAGACAAGUUGGCGCUCUCCAACAUGCUGCCUAUCGACGAGCAACCGCUCCCCGAGGACAACGAGUGGAAAGUCGUCCGCUUCCAGACGACACCGAAAAUGAGCACCUACCUCGUAGCCGUUGUGGUCGGCGAAUACGAUUACGUCGAGGGAAUCACGCAGAGUAAGAUCCGAGUCCGAGCUUACGUGCCUCUCGGCAAGAAAGAACAAGGGAGGUACGCCCUGGACACCGCUGUCAAGGCGCUGGACUUCUUCGAAAAAUACUACAAUGUGUCUUACCCACUUCCGAAAGCGGAUCUCGUGUCCAUCGCAGAUUUCGAAGCUGGUGCCAUGGAGAAUUGGGGUCUCAUCACGUGCAGGGAAACCCUCAUCCUUUACGAUCCGACCCACACGUCAACCAUUCGAAAACAGACCAUAGCGGCCAUCAUCAGCCACGAGCUGGCCCAUAUGUGGUUCGGGAAUUUGGUAACGAUGCAAUGGUGGACCGAUCUUUGGCUUAACGAGGGUUUCGCUCGCUUCAUGGAGAACCUUGCGACACACGCUCUUUUCCCCGAGUACGACAUUUGGACUCAAUUCGUAUCGGAGGGCCUGAAUCAGGCGCUCGGGCUCGACGCGCUCGACAGCUCGCAUCCGAUUGAGGUCCCGAUCGAACACCCUGCUGUGGUGGAUGAAAUUUUUGAUCUCAUUUCUUACGAGAAAGGUGCUUCCAUCAUACGAAUGCUAAACAACUACAUCGGCGAUAAGAAGUUCCGGGCAGGCAUGCAGCUGUACUUAUCCCAAAACAAAUACAAGAAUACGUUCACAAGCGAUUUGUGGAGGGCUCUCGAAGAAGCCUCCUCAGUUCCGGUUCAAUCAAUAAUGGACACCUGGGUGAAGCAGAUGGGCUUCCCUCUGAUCUCGGUGAAAUCGCGAAAAGACGGCGCCAACGUAAUCCUCACAUUGAGUCAGGAGAAAUUCUACUCUUGGGCCGAAACCCCACAGCGCAAGAAGUCCCAGCCAAUUUGGAAGGUUCCCAUCGAUAUCGCGACUUCGAAGAACCAGCUGAAGCAAAUCCUUCUCGAAACGCCAACGCAGGAAAUCAUUGUGGAAAAUGCCUCGGACGCCGACUGGAUUCACGUCAAUCAUGGAGCCGUCUCCCCAUUCCGCACCUUAUACGAAACAGACCGUCUGCAAGCAUUCCUCCCAGCCAUCAAAGACCUUAAACUGUCCGCAGUCGACCGUUACAUGUUGCACGCCGACAUCUCAGCCUGCGUCCAAAGUGGUUACAGAAACAGUACAGAGGUUCUCCAACUCACUCGCGCAUACGAGAACGAAACAGACUUCUCCGUAUGGACUUCGAUUGCGUCACUGUUUGAGAAGCUCAACGUUCUUUUAUCCGAGCGCGAAGAUUUGCAGCUGAAGUUGCAUGAGUUUGGUCGCGGACUCUAUCGAAAGAUAUAUGAGAAGCUCGGUUGGGAUCCUAAAACAGAUGACGUACACACAACGAUGCUCUUGCGAGUGCAAGUCCUGACAAUGCUGGUGACCUUUGGCGACAAAGAAGUCCUCGGAGAGGCGCGAAGGAGGUUCGCAGAUCAUGUCAGCAAGAAGAAAAUACUCAUGGCUGACAUCCGUCAACCUGUCUACAGAGCUAUGGCUAAAACGAUGAACAGCGAAACUUGGGUUCGGAUGAUGAAGCUCCACAAGGAAACCACGCUCAAGGAAGAAGCCAAUCGUAUUGCUAAUUCGCUCGGACACGUGGUCGACGAAUAUUACAUCCAAAAAGUGAUCCAAUUCGCGGAUACCGAGGUUCGGAUUCAAGAUGCUCCUUUCGUCAUCUCGUCAGUCGCCAGCACAGCAUUGGGAAGGAACAAAGUCUGGGAGCACUACACAACCAACUUCGAAAUGUACAAGACGAACUACGCUUCCGGUCAUCUUCUGACCCGUCUGAUCAAAGGAGUCACCGAAGAUUUCAGUUCUUUCGAGAAAGCGAAGGAGGUGGAGAACUUCUUUGCAACGAAAAAUAUUCCAGGCGCGGAACUGACGGUCAGACAGAGCAUCGAGAACAUCAUUUCCAACGCGAGAUGGCUACAGAGAGACGAACAGUUGAUCAAAGAAUUUUUUUCCAAACUUAAUUAGAUAGGACACCCCCUACCCCAGUCGGGAUAGCGAUUUUCCAUACGAUUUUACUGACGAUAAUUGAUACUAUAACGGGACAUGAACUCUGACGAUGUUUACGGAUAGACUUUGGAUAUUCCCCUUAGAUCGAAAUAAAACAUGUUUUCCAACCGAAA